AUGAAAUAUAUUAAUUUAAUCCUUUUUCUUCGAGUUUUUAAUAUUUUAUUAAUUACAUGUUUACUUCUUCAAUUAAAUAAUAUUUUUGAUCAAAUUAGCAGAUGGAGGGAAUAUUGGAAAAUAAAAAGGGUUGAAAAACUAGAGAAUUAUGAUAAAAAAAUUCUGUCAGAUCAACCAUUAUAUACUCCAAACCCUGCAGGAACACUUGAAUUAGAAUCAAUUCGAUUAAACGAACUUUUUGCUAGGCCAACACAUAAAUGUUUAGAUAGAAGAACAUUGGGAGGAUAUAGAGAUUCUUUCUUUGUUUGUUUUGAUGAAGAUAUGGGCAUACUAAAUGAAAAAUUCGAGAAUGGAUUAUCAAUAAAUGGCCAAAAAAUAACAAAAGAAGAUGAAAAUUUUGAGAUUUCGCUAAAUAUAACUAGCUGGACUUUAUUACUUCCUCAAAAAAAUAACCUUGUUGAAAAUCUACAAAAUAAUGUUUUUAUUCAAUAUAUGCCAGAAUUGGAGGAAGAAGGGCAUUUCCCUGAAGAUAGAAUAGCUGCAAUGUUGGAUAAUGAUAAUCAAAUAUUUAAUUUGGCAAAAAUUGAUUUGGAUACUGAAUUGUUGAGUGAUAAGAGAAAAGAAACGAAAGUUAGAAUUGAAUUGCUAAAUUGGAUUUUAAGAAUCUUAAGGACAAAGCAAUUAUUAGUUGUUCUAAGACCGGGACUUGAUAAUUCUUCUCUUCAAGACGAAAAUGUGAAUGUUUUACUUUUGUGGUAUAGAUUUAUUUAUUCACUUUUCUUUCAAUGGAAAUAUGCUUUACUUGGGGCACGAUCAAAUAGUCGUUGUGGUCAGGCAUUACAGAAAUUUGACCCUAGGCAUUGUGAAUGGAGACUGAGUUUUGUUCAUUUUGAAGAUUUAUGGUCAGCUAAUGAUGUUCCCGCUUAUGGAGCUGGUUAA